AGAACUUCCAGCAAGACCAGCAAUUCUUCAAAGAUGGUGCUGAUACAAGGGCUCAACCAACCUCCCCGGGUCCAACGUCCUACCCAAAACCGACUCACAUGUUUCCUCAUGCUGAAGCACCAGCUUUCUCUGACAUCGCAAGUAGAGUCACAACCACAACCAGUCCUACCCCUCCUGGGAAGCUGGAGUCUGCAGGACGAAGGAGGCCGAGCAAGGAAAGAGGGGAGGUGUCGACUCGGGUGGUGAACAGCAAUCAGUCAAGAAAUGGAGUGAGAUCUGAGACAGAUAACACCUCAUCAUUGGCUCCAUGGGAGACUUUCUCAAAGAAAGAAAAUCGUCCGGCAGGGAAGAGCAUUGUAGGUAAUCCUGAGCUGGAUGGAGAAAUGACCAUCACAAGCACCAUCCAUACAACAACUGUUAUCAGCACCAUGAAAGAACAAGGUCAGUGCAGCAUGAACUUGACAGAUGGUGAAGGCUAUAUUGAGAUGCCGUCCAGCUCUGAUACAUACGACUCCACUGUGGAUUGUACCUACUUUGUGACCGUCUAUCUCGGAUAUGGGGUUGAAAUUCAGGUGCUCAAUGUGACCCUGAUGGAAAACGAAGAUGUGGUGCUGGAGGACCUGGGUGGUCUAGAGCCCUCCAUCCUGGCCAACAAGUCCGUGCUGACAAGAGGCCUGAUAGUGAAGAGCUCCAGUAAUCAGAUCUCCAUCCACUUCACCAGUAAGAAGCAGUCAAGACCAAACUCCCUGCUGCUGCGCUACAGAGCCUUUGUUUUGAGCUGUGAUUUUCCCCAAGCCCUGGCUAAUGGCGAGGUAACAGUCAGCAGUCUUCAUGUCGGAGGAGAGGCAUAUUUCUUCUGCCUGACCGGGUACCAGCUUUAUGGUGUUUCAUCUCUCACAUGUCGCAAUGCCACCAGGCCAUACUGGAGUGGCAGGGAGCCCAAAUGUGUGGCCACUUGUGGAGGGAUGCUGAAGAACGCCACUCUGGGCCGCAUCGUUUCUCCCGGGUUUCCAGGAAACUACAGCAACAAUCUUACAUGUCACUGGGUGUUGGAGGCCCCUGAGGACCACAGGCUACAUGUGCACUUUGAGAAAGUUGCUCUGGCUGAAGAUGAUGACAGGCUGCUGAUCAAGAAUGGGAACAAUAUCGAUUCAUCCCCUCUUUACGACUCCUACGAGGUGGAAUAUCUUCCCAAUGAGGGGGUGGUGAGCACGGACAGGCAUCUCUUUAUCGAGUUUACCACAGAUGAGACGGGUACUUGUACCGGUGCUGCCAUUAGAUACGAAGCUUUUGCUGAGGGAACAUGCUACAAGCCCUUUGUGAAGUACGGAAACUUCUCCAGCAGUGAUGGGGCAUUCACAGUGGGUACGGUGGUGGAGUUCUCUUGUGAGCCAGGAUACACACUGGAACAGGGCUCUUUCACCAUCGAGUGUGUGGAUCCAGAUAACCCACAGUGGAAUGAAACCGAACCGGCCUGUCGUGCUGUGUGCAGUGGAGAGAUCACAGAUUCAGCUGGAGUGGUGCUGUCGCCAAACUGGCCUGAAGCCUAUGAUAAAGGGCAGGACUGUAUCUGGGCGAUCCAUGUAGAGGAGGAUAAGAGGAUCAUGCUGGACAUCCAAGUCCUUCACCUUGGUAAGAACGAUAUACUUACCUUUUACGAUGGUGAUGACCUCACAGCUAACAUCCUGGGCCAGUAUAGCGGCACUCAAUCCAGGUUCAAACUCUAUUCUUCCAUGGCGGACGUGACCGUCCAGUUUCAGUCCGACCCAGCCACCAACAUCUACGGCUACAACAAUGGCUUUGUGGUGCAUUUCUUUGAGGUGGCCCGCAAUGACACAUGCUCGGAAUUACCGGAGAUCACCAACGGCUGGAAAAGCACGUCUCAUCCGGAUCUAAUCCACGGAACAGUGGUGACCUACCAGUGCUACCCUGGCUACCAGGUGGUGGGCUCAGAGAUCCUGAUGUGCCAGUGGGAUCUGACAUGGAGCGGGGACGUGCCAAGCUGUGAGAAAGUGAUGUUGUGUCAGGACCCAGGCUCGGUGGAACAUGGCCGCAGGAUGGUAACGGGUUCGCGCUUCACUGUGGGCUCCACCGUGCAGUACAUGUGUAAUAAGGGUUAUACACUCUCCGGCCCCGGCCUGCUCACCUGCUACAGCCGCGACACUGCAGACCCUAAGUGGAGCGAGAGACCGCCCAAAUGUGUCCCUGAGAGGUACGAGCCAUGCAGUAACCCCGGCGCUCCCUCCACUGCCAUCCAGAGCUCUGAGAAAACCUUUUAUCAGGUCGGAGAGACCCUAACCUUCACAUGCCAACCGGGGUAUGAGCUGCAUGGGGAAUCCACAAUCCGUUGCCUUCCAGGACACCCAUCUGAGUGGAGCUCUGCUCCACCUGCAUGCCGAGUUUCUAUGGGAGACGUUAAUGAGCGCAGAUUGGACAUUAUCAGUGCUCAUUUUGACGCCGAAGGUACCAACGUUGCCAUCGCAGUCAUGGUUCCCGCUGCAAUGGUGUUACUGGUCAUCCUGUGCAUUUAUCUCUAUUUCUCAAAAGUCCAGGGCAAAACCCUGCACCUACCAGGCUCCUCUCCUCACCCUUAUGAUAACAUGACGGAGGAGUCAGCAUUCGAUAACCCUGCCUACGAGACCGCCGAGACAAGACAAUAUGAAGUGUCAAUUUAGAGGCUGUUCAGCAACGUUCUUCACAUUUCCUCUUCUCCGAAAGCUCUUCCUUUUCUCCUCUUCCUCACACUCCUCUGCUCCCUUCUUCUGCUGAGCUCAGUCAUAUUUUUCUCCAGACUGGAGAAAGGUGGUGGACUAUAUGAUGUUAUUUUUGUAGUGCUUUGGCAAAAAUGAUCCAUCUUUUUCAGUGAGCUCUGAAUGUGUAUAUGAAAAUA